UGACGUCAGGAAUGCCCUGCGAUCAUACGGCUGCUACGUCCAUCUUUCUUAUACAGUUUAUGGGUCUAGUUGCUUCGUCCAUCUCUCGUAUACAGUUUAUGGUGCUCGCUAAGCACCAGUCUUGAGAACCUGGAACAUAAAGAACCGGUGUUAAUUCAGGCUCUGGCUCCAAAAUGACGGCGGCGGUGUUUUUCGGCUGCACUUUCAUCGCCUUCGGCCCUGCCAUCGCGCUGUUCCUGUUUACCAUCGCCCGGGAGCCGCUGAGGGUCAUUUUCCUGAUAGCAGGAGCGUUCUUCUGGCUGGUGUCGCUGCUGCUGUCCUCCAUGGUUUGGUUCAUCUCGGUUCAGAUCAGUAAUAAGGAAAGCGCUGCGCAGCAGAAAGGUUUGCUCAUCUUCGGUGUGGUUCUGUCCGUCCUGCUGCAGGAAACCUUCCGCUUCGCCUACUACAAGCUGCUCAAGAAAGCGAACGAAGGCCUCCUCACUCUCAGUCAGGAGGAAACCAUGCCGAUCUCCAUACGGCAGCUGGCCUACGUUUCUGGCCUCGGCUUCGGCUUCAUGAGCGGCGCGUUCUCCGUGGUAAACAUCCUGGCCGACUCUGUGGGUCCAGGAACCGUCGGGAUCCACGGAGACUCGCAGCACUACUUUCUGUCUUCAGCCUUCAUGACGAUGGCCAUCAUCCUGCUCCACAUGUUCUGGGGCGUCGUCUUCUUCGACGCCUGCGAGAAGCAGCGCUGGUGGGCCGUCGCCGCCGUCGUCAUCAGCCACCUGCUCGUGUCCUGCCUGACCUUCCAGAACCCCGAGUACGUCGCCAGCCUGGUUCCCACCUACGUCGUCUUGUUCCUGAUGGGCGUCUGGGCCUUUUAUUCUGCCGGCGGCUCCCUGAGGAACCUCAAACUCUGCCUCACCUGCAAGGACAAAGACUUCCUGCUGGCCAACCACCGGCCCAGAUAACGGAGCGGGCCCGGCCGGGGUGCAGGACUCUAUCCAAAGAUCACAGAGUUCACACAAACACACUCUGAUCUGCUGUUUGACCCGAGACAAGCCUCACCGUCUUCAGUCUAUUAAACAGAAAAGCAGAUUUUGAAGAAACAAAGGUGGGAGAUUAUUUUUGAUUCAUGUCCAGCUCAGAAUAGGCUUCUAUUCAAAUGUUCGCCUGAUCGUGUCCCCGGUUCCUGAAAGAUGAACAGAAGGUGUUUUAAGUUUGGCUCCUUCACUUACUGUAACGUUCUUCUGACAGCGUCUUGUGACAAAUCUUUCCCAGUAUGGAUUUCUGCUCAUUUAUAACAAAAGCUCUGAUACAGAAACUACAUGAUUUCAUAUUAUUUAUUGAUCCUAAGAAGAUUAUGAGCAACAAAAACUCUGGUGAUAAUCGGUUUCUUAUCUUCGUGUAGCUGCACUCCAGUGAAAACUCUCUGCUUUCGGCUUGCAGGCAGAUUAACUGACGGUUUAUUCUCACCUCUUUGUACACAGAUACGCCAAUAAUACGAACAAGUGUUUUCUCAGUGAUCUUUGAAUGUUCACUUUCUUUGUUGCCUUUUUCUACGUGUUAGUUGUUUGUGAGCGAGCGCAGGAGUCAGUGUGUUAGAGCAGCGGUCCCCAACCAAGCAAGACGAUUGUUUACGGACCGGUCGCAUCAAAAAUAAUAAGCAUUUUUUUCUAUUAAAACGAAAGCGAAUGAAAUUACUUCUUAUUGCUAAAUGUGUAUUCUUCUUUGGUCUUAGCAUCGAGUCUCUCCUUCUUUUCAAAGAAGCUCUCCAGAAAACUUUUCUUAAAAAUUCUUUUGGGCAGCGGUUAGAGUAACCGUUUAACUGACGGGAAGAUGAGCUCGUCAUUUUUCAAAAUAAAGCACCUCGCAGACUUUGCCGGAAAUUAUAUAUUCCAAAAAUAACGUUUUUAUUCUUUCUGUGCGCCCUGGUACCAAACUGGCCCGGUGGUUGGAGGCCGCUGCGUUAGAAGAUCCAUGCGAUGAAUUUCUAUAUUUUAUUUCUUUGCACCUGAUUUUAUUUGUUUCGUUGUUUGUACAGUUUGUAUAGGCUUCCAUGUUUCCUGAGGAUGGGACGGGCGUAAGUUAAAGAUGUAAACAGUUUGUGUUAGACUCUCCGCUUUGUGCUGGCACUUUAUUCCAUCGAAUUCGGCUCAUUCGCGCAGUUUCUCGUUGAAAUCGUUUGCUGUGGGAGCUGUGAUGAUUCUGGAGGAGGCCGUCUGUGGUGCUGUUGAGCUUCACUGCAGUAUAAAGUAUAAAGUUCUGUCUCUGUUGUUAAAUACACAUGCACUGCUGUCAACAGAGUGAACAAAACAGGAGAAAUCAGUUCGAUAUUUCGUUUAAACUAUGAUCACAGGAGGGCUAAACAACACUUAAUGAGUGUGCAGGGGUUCAGCUUUUUACCAGCAGAUGUGCCAAGUGGCUGUUUGUGGUCAGAUCUGUCCUCACAGUGAAUAUUUUGCAGCUUUCAAUGUUUCAACAGCAAAGCUACAAACACAUUUGUAUCGUGAUGCAGGCUACGCAAGCAAACAGUUAUUACCGAAGCAUGAACGGAAGAAAGAGUUGCCAAAAAAUGUCGUCCCCGUGUGCUCACGUUUAGCUGAAAACUAAAGGAGAUAUCAGAGUGAUGCGGGUGGACUUGAGCUUCAUGCAGCACCACAGACCACAUCGCCUCCCUCAGGUCCAGUUUUAAUAACUUUGCUUCUAUCAUUUCAAACUUUAAAUGUGUACAGUACUUUGGUUGAUGACAAAAAAAAUAAAAACUAAUAACAUUCCCAUCAGAA